CGAACAGUUGGCGAUGCGAGUGCGAAAUAGAAAACGUUGUAGUUGUUCAAUUACAUUAAAAUAAAUUUCAGCUUGACGUUUUAAACGAAGCUAGAAAAAAGGGAAAUGGAUCCUGAUUUUACUAGAAGACUUAUCAAACUUGUGAAAAAGUCCGAGUGUUUGUAUGAUUGUAGCUCACCAGAAUAUCGAAACCAGUCAUGGAAGGCAGCAAUUUGGCAGAAAAUUGCAGAGCAGUUAAAUACGAAAGUCGUAUGCAUUUGCGUUCGCACUUUCAGAGGCGGUGUGCAAGAGAACGCUGGAAAUCGCUACGCGACACAUACACGCGAAUAGCACGAUGCUCAAAGCUGACUACAGGUACAAAAUUUUUAAAAACGAAAUAUAAAUAUGCUGAUGAGCUAUCAUUUUUGCGUGGGAUCAAGGAGGGCAGAAAGUACUACAGCAGCGAUGACGAUACUUUCCAAAACGAUGAGACAAACAAUGACGAUGAAGAUGUCUGGGGACCUUUACCAUCACCAAAAAGGAUGAAGACUCCCAAUCGAGCUUUUGCGCGCCAUCAAAUGAAGCCACUACCGCUAUUGAAAUUGAGGAAAAUGUUAAACCGGCUUUCACAGAAGUUAUACAAAAAUGUAGCGAUAGCGUCGCUGAAGCGCGCGGCUUUGAUCCACUAGGAGCGAAAAAUUCGACUGUAAUGGUAUUUGAAAGUUUGGCGCAUAAAAUUUUGACAGCUGGUUUGUCAGAAAAUGAUGUGGAUGCCAUUGAACUUAAGGUGGCAUCGAUUGUUUAUGAAGAAAUCGCAAAUCGCCGCCAAAAGAGGCAAAGUAAAACCAAAUAAUGACAACAACAACAAUAGUGAUAAUAAGUUAAAUACAUAUGUACAUACAUAUGUAUA